AUGCACCGGGCCGAGUCUCCCCGCGUGGUGCUCCUGGAGCUGGGCCGCGCGCGGUGUGCCCCCUUCCCCCCGAGGCCUGGUGGUCGGGGUUCGGGGGCGGUGAUAGUGCGGCUCGAAGAGGGUAGGGCCCGGGGCAAAAGGGGGCCGGGCCCCGGAGGAGCGGCGCCCCAUGCCGGAUAUGUCCCCCGCAUUGCGUUCUACGCUGGCCUGCGGAGGCCUCAUGAAGGCUAUGAGGUGCUGCGCUUCGACGACGUGGUGACCAAUGUGGGCAACGCUUAUGAGGCGGCCAGUGGCAAGUUCACCUGCCCCAUGCCAGGCGUCUACUUCUUCGCCUACCACGUGCUGAUGCGCGGUGGUGAUGGUACCAGCAUGUGGGCCGACCUGAUGAAGAACGGACAGUCGGCCCAGUCCAAAGCGCCACCUCUCCCUUUGCGAGCCUGGCACCGACCGGAAGGACCCUCCCGCUCCCGAGGCAGCCGAGUUGGCGCGGACUUUUUGGCGCUCUGGGAGUGA